AUGACGGCAAUCGCCUUCCGCUCGCCCUACCCCGUACCUGCAUUCGGCAGCAACAUGGCGUCCCACUACCGCCCCUCCGCUUCUGCUGCCGCGGUCAACGGCCACGGCGUCUUCACAUCUCCUACUGAGUCGGAGUUCUCCGAAUCGUAUCAGGACGGCAAGGAAUCGGUGUUGGACUGGGAUGAGGAUCGUGUGGCAGAAUGGCUCAAGAGCAUCAAAUGCAGCGAAUACGUCGACAUAUUUCGCAAGAACAACAUCAAUGGGGAGAAUCUCAUGGAUAUCGAUCAAUCGACCCUCAAGGAGAUGGGAGUCAAGAAGAUUGGGGAUCGCGUACGAAUUGGCACCCAGGCCAAAGUGUUCAGAAGUAAUGUCUAUAAACGCACCUCGAAGCGUCACAUCAACAGGGUAUGUUAGGUGCUGUGUGCUUCCAGGGCCGGCUGCUAAUGUCUGUGGUAGCACUCGCUUGCUGCUUUAGAUGGCAACUCACAACAGAUGACACCGCCCUCGUCUGGGUCUCCGAGGCCGCUUCAUUCAGCCCGACCGGGCAAUACCUCACGCGCGGACAAACGAAUCUCCAGGCAACUCAAUGGCGCCGACCUUGCAUACGCUGCUCACAUCGGUGUCAAGACAGCUUCUCGGCCCAGCUCUCCCAUGGUGGAUCAAGAGAACCGAAACGCACGAGCUCAACGCCAUGGAGCGCCGAGUCCGAUGGAAAGCUCACGAAAGGAUAACGCCACAGCAAUGUAUGCGCAGAACCAAAACCCUCCUCUCACAGCACGCUUAGCCGGAAGCUCGCGGACGAAUCUCGUCGAAACGCCGCAGACAGCCCGCUUCCAUGUCAAAGCUCAACCAUCGUUAGACAAUCUCAAUGCCGUCAGUGGUCUGCCGAGUGAGAAGCCCUGGAUACGAGUGGUGUAUGAGAACGGUCGGUACUCCGUCAUUAGCAUUGAGGGCUUCCGAACCGCCGAGGACAUCAUUCGAAAUACUCUCCGGAAAGGCUCGUUGAACGAGAAUCACUUCCGAUCGUACUGCUUUUACGUCCUGGAUGGAACAGAUCCGAAUCCGACCUUUUGUCGGAGGUUAGGUGAGGCAGAGUUGUGUAAACUUUGCCAUGAUGGUGUAAGAAGUGAGCGAGGUCGUCUCAUCUUAAGAAAGAUACACGCCGGUGAGCCCGAAGGAGAGCAGUUGAGGACAGCCGCGCGAAUAGCAGAGCAACAACAUCCAGAACCCCCGGCCAUUGAGGUCCAGCAGCCUGGCAAGUCGAAGAGCCAAUUGAAGAUCGAGAAAUUGACGGGUGAGCCACUUGCUGCAGUGAGCUACCCAAUGAGCCCUGCCAGCCAAGCAGAGAGGAAGGACUACUUUCAGACCCAAUCCGGAGGUGUUCAGAGGCAUGUAAGCACGGCCUCCACAGCUUCCGCUCGUGCUCGGAAGCUCAAAGACUUCUAUGGUGCCCGACCCCCCACGGAACUCAUCACGCAGGAUCUCCAGUCCUAUUUCCCGGAGGUCGCCAAAGAAGAUAUGGACCGAACAGUGCGUAUGUCGAUACGAAGAAGCCGAAGAUUAAGUCGGGCCGUACGGACUCUGAGCAUGGCCAGCAACUUCAGCAUCGCCAGUAGCUUAAAGGACGCACCACCCCUACCGACUAUCACCUACCCAUGGCUGAAGGAAGCUAGUGCUCAUCAGAAGGCUGGUUUGCGGCCCCUGAGCGUGGUUCGGCUUGGUAAGACAGACUCGCAUCGAGAGUCUGUUACCAGCAGCGUGUUGGAACCUCUGGAUGAGGAGUCGCCUCUUGAGCCCAACAGGAAAAGCUAUGUAUCGUUUGGAGGCGACAGUGGCUCCGACACAACAACGAGCAACUUGGCCGUCACCGAUCCGGAAGGCCAGACAGUUAUGCACUCUUAUUUCGACGACACCGGCAGCAGCCCACCAGCAACCGAAGGCGGCAGCGGCAGCGACAGCCUCAACUCGAGACUUUCUCGCUUUAUCGCGGAAGACGGCGAAGAGCUUGACGAAGAGCUGAUGCAACACUUGGAGAGCGACAGUUGGGACAACCUAAAGUAUAUGAAGGGAGCCAUGAUUGGUCAGGGCUCGUUCGGUACUGUGUUUCUUGCGCUGCACGCUGUCACGGCAGAGUUGAUGGCUGUCAAACAAGUGGAGAUGCCUAGCAACAGUGGAUCCGCUAUGGAUGCCAAGAAGAACAGCAUGAUCGAGGCUUUGAAGCACGAGAUCAGCUUACUUCGGGAUCUCAAGCACGAAAACAUUGUCCAGUAUCUCGGCUCAAACAGCGACGAGAACCACUUGAACAUUUUUCUGGAAUACGUUGCUGGAGGAUCUGUCGCCACGAUGUUGGUCAACUACGGCUCUCUACCAGAAGGACUUAUUGCCAACUUCGUGCGGCAGAUCUUGCAAGGGCUGAACUAUUUGCACUCCAAGGACAUUAUUCAUCGAGACAUCAAAGGUGCCAACAUUCUUGUCGAUAACAAGGGCACGGUCAAGAUCUCGGACUUUGGUAUCAGCAAGCGUGUUGAAGCAUCGACGCUGCUAAAUCCACAGCCGCAUCUCAAACGCGGAGGUCCUCGCGUGUCCCUGCAAGGUUCCGUCUUCUGGAUGGCCCCCGAGGUUGUCAGACAGACUGCGUACACAAAGAAAGCAGAUAUCUGGAGCUUGGGCUGUCUGGUUGUUGAAAUGUUCACGGGUCAACAUCCACAUCCGAACUGCACACAGCUACAAGCAAUCUUCAAGAUCGGUGGCUCCGGUAACAACGCGGAUAAGGCCCGACCGGACCUGCCCGAUCAAGCGAGCGAAGACGCCAAGUAUUUCCUGCGACGAACUUUUGAAAUUGAACAUGAGAAACGUCCAAGCGCGGAAGAAUUGAUCAAGAGUGAUUUUGUCAUCAAGCCGAAGGCUUGA